AUGGGCCGAUUAUACACUUUCAACCUCGCCCUGUUCGCGGCAACAGGGUCAUUCCUGUUCGGUUAUGACAGCGGUGUCAUGACCGAUGUUAUUGCGUCCCCGAACUUCCUGGCUUAUUUUGACACCGAAAAAACAUCUGCCAUCAUAGGUGCCAUCAACAGCACAUUUUCUGGAGGAGCUGCCAUUGGUGCCCUCCAGGGAGGUUUGACCAUGGAUCGAUUCGGCCGAAAGUUUACCAUUCAAAUGGGUGCUUUUAUCUGCUUGAUCGGUGCUAUCCUACAGGCUGCCGCGAACAAUCUAGCUAUGAUUCUCGUUGGUCGUAUUUUCGCGGGAUGGGCUGUUGGUUUGAUGUCCAUGUCUGUUCCUGUAUAUCAAUCCGAAUGUGCGCACCCCCGGAAUCGUGGUAUGAUCAUUGGUCUUGCCCAGCAAAUGAUUGGAGUUGGUUUCAUUGUUAGCACAUGGAUUGGCUACGGCUCUUUACACGCCCCUGACAGCAGCGAGUUCCAAUGGCGGUUCCCCCUGGCGUUCCAAGUUGUUCCCGCGCUAUUGCUGUUGGUUGGAUUGUUUUUCCUCCCAGAAUCCCCGCGUCACCUUGUCGAGAAGGGCAAGUACGAUGAGGGAAUGAAGGUCCUGCGCAAACUUCAUUUCGAUGGCUCCAAUGAUGACUGGAUCCAACAAGAAUUCACCGAAAUCAGGACCACAAUUGAAGCAGAGAAAACCGUCACCGAAUCCGGAUGGCUCAUCAUGUUCAAGGUUCCUCAGUACCGAACACGCUUGCUACACGGCGUUGCUGUCCAAGUACUGACUCAAAUGACUGGAAUCAACGUCAUUAACUACUAUCAGAACAUCAUGUACGAAAACUUGGGUAUUACAGGCAAAACCAGCAUUCUCGUCACUGGUAUCUACAACUGCCUUGGACCUCUCGCCAAUCUCGUUUUCAUCCUGUUUAUUCUCGACAGAGUUGGGCGCCGCAAGCCGAUGUUGUUCGGUGCCAUCGGCAUCACCAUUGCUCUGUUCUGCGAGGCUGCCCUGAACUCCCAGAACGAGGAUGGUCACCGACGAGGUUAUAGCAUUGGCGGUGUCUUUUUCAUUUUCUGCGUCACCAUUAUAUUCUCCUGGUCAUUUGGGCCCUGCAGUUGGGUUUAUAUGGCGGAAGUCAUGCCCAUGCAGAUUCGUGGCCGCGGGAACGCCUUUGCCACAGGAGUGGGCAACUGGGCAGUCAGCACCCUUUGGGCUCAAGUAUCACCCAUCGCGCUGGGCAAGAUUGGAUGGAAGUUCUACUUCAUAUUUGCUGGGUGGAACAUUGUCGUUGCACUGCCAUUGGUCUACUUUUUCUUCGUGGAAACCAAGCAAAAGUCUCUAGAAGAGAUCGAUGUUCUCUUCGGAGGGCGCGCCCUUGGUACGUUGCCGGAGGACAUUACAACCAAGGAUGGUGAGGUUGUGGUGAGCAGCGAGCACCAAGACAAGAGCCAGGUUUAA